GCUACGUCUGGCCCUUUAGAAGGGACGCUGACCCGGGACUGAUGACUUCACUUCCGGAGCGCCAAGCCCCGGCUUGCUCAUGCUCCAGAAAGGGCAGUGGAGCGUCUUGCCUAGGGAAGGGAGACGAGUUCUACCUCCUGUCGUUCCCGAAGAAGGAAUUAUCUGUAGAGUAAGUAUGUUAAUAUUGAAUAAGACAGCAGGAGUUUUUUUUCAGCCAGCAAAAAGGAAAGUUUAUGAAUUUUUAAGAGGUUUCAAUUUUCAUCCUGGAACACUAUUUCUUCACAAGCUAGUACUGGGAAUUGAAACGAGUUGUGAUGAUACAGCAGCUGCAGUAGUAGAUGAAACUGGAAACGUGCUAGGAGAAGCAAUACAUUCCCAAACUGAAGUUCAUUUAAAAACAGGUGGUAUUAUUCCUCCAGUAGCUCAACAGCUUCACAGAGAAAAUAUUCAACGAAUAGUGCAAGAAGCUCUUUCUGCUAGUGGAACCUCUCCAAGUGAACUCUCAGCAAUUGCCACUACCAUAAAGCCAGGACUUGCUUUAAGCUUGGGAGUGGGCUUAUCAUUUAGCUUACAGCUGGUAGAGCAGUUAAAAAAGCCAUUUAUCCCCAUUCAUCAUAUGGAGGCUCAUGCACUUACUAUUAGGCUGACCAACAAGGUAGAAUUUCCUUUUUUAGUUCUUUUAAUUUCUGGAGGUCACUGUCUAUUGGCAGUAGUUCGAGGAGUUGCAGAUUUUCUGCUGCUUGGGAAGUCUUUGGACAUAGCACCAGGUGACAUGCUUGACAAGGUAGCAAGAAGACUUUCUUUAAUAAGACACCCAGAGUGUUCCACCAUGAGUGGUGGGAAGGCUAUAGAACAUUUGGCUCUACAAGGAAAUAGAUUUCAUUUUGAUAUCAAACCUCCUAUGCAACGUGCUAAAAAUUGUGAUUUUUCUUUUUCUGGACUUCAACACAUUAUUGAUAAAAUAAUCAUGCAAAAGGAAAAAGAGGAAGGUAUUGAGAAGGGGCAAAUGCUUACCUCAGCUGCAGACAUUGCUGCUGCAGUACAGCACACAACAGCUUGCCAUAUUGCAAAAAGGACACAUCGUGCUAUUCUGUUUUGCAAGCAGAAAGACUUGUUGUCCCAGAGUAAUGCAACACUGGUUGUAUCUGGAGGCGUUGCAAGUAAUUUAUAUGUCCGAAGAGCUCUAGAAAUUGUCACAGAGGCAACACAGUGCACCUUGCUGUGUCCCCCUCCCAGACUGUGCACUGAUAACGGCAUUAUGAUUGCAUGGAAUGGUAUUGAACGAUUACGUGCUGGCUUGGGCAUUUUACACAACACAGAAGGCAUCCGCUAUGAACCAAAAUGCCCUCUUGGAGUAGAUAUAUCAGAAGAAGUUGAAAAAGCUGCCAUAAAAGUACCACGAUUAAAAAUGAAGAUUUGAUUUUUGCUUUUCAAAACAAAUCGUAAAGUCCAGGUAGAGAAUCGAUUAUUUGCAAGAUCCUCAAGAUCCAGUUGUAUAGAAGCAACUGAGCAAAGUGGACAGAAAAAAGAGAGACUUUAAAGGACAUUGUGAAGUCCAGCUUGCUUGUGCAGCAUGUCUACCAGCUACUAUAAAAUAAGAGAAGCAGACAUCAUCCACCAAAACAUGCAACUACUGGAGACACACAUCUUUGAGCAUGACAUCCAUGUGGUUCAAAAAUCUCAGAGUGUCAUCUCUUUAACUGCAAACUAAAGACUCUAUAAUUUUGGAAAAUGGUCAACACUGGUGGCCACACUUUUUAACCAUACUUGAAGGACAAUGAUUUCAGAUUUUAUUUUUUUUUGCUUAUUUAUUUUAAUUUUGCUAUAGGAUAUGUGUACUCGCUGGAGAGGCAGAGAGAAAAAAAGG